AUGGUUGCUGGGAUCAGCGAGUUGAAUCCAAGUGCCGUUGGAGAUGUAAGCCAUUGGGAUAUUCCCAGUAAUGCGUGUACAAUCGGCGUAGAUGAGGCUAUCUCUAGGAAAAUGGACAGCUUCGACAACCUCAAGCAGAAAGACAUACACUUCAACGACCGAUUGCAAGCCUCGCAGCAAUUCCACAAUCCUCAUAUCAACCACAGGCUCAUCAGCUGGGCCGGCGUCGACGAGUACUCAACCAACACCCCAGAUGGCGCUCUUUAUUCCGAGUACAGCACACACACGUCCUCCGCAGCGGCCUUGGAAUCCCUCCAGCGCCAACGCACACACGAUAAAGCAGCCUCUGCCAGCAAGCGAGCUAAUGUGGAUUUCGCCCCAGCUACUUCAGCUACUCCAGCUACUUCUAAAUCGCGGAGGCAGUAG